UGAUUUAUAUAUUAAAUUAAAAUAAAACGUGUUUAUUUGAAAAUUUAUUAUAAAAAAUUUAAUAACAAAAUUAAAAGCUCAUUUUAAUCAUUCAAUCAAUAUAAAAUAAUUAUUUAAACAAUUAACAACUGCAACAACGCACAUUAUACAAAAUGUAUGGAUUUGUUAACUACGCUCUGGAGCUGUUGGUGCUCAAGCAUUUUGGCGAAGAAAUUUGGGAGAAAAUAAAAAAAAAAGCCAUGGUCACAAUGGAAGGACAAUUUUUAGUGCGACAAAUAUAUGACGAUGAAAUCACAUACAAUUUAAUUGGUGCUGCAGUGGAAAUAUUAAAUAUACCAGCUGAUGAUAUUUUGGAAUUAUUUGGUAAAACUUUUUUUGAAUUCUGUCAAGAUUCAGGCUACGAUAAAAUCCUACAAGUAUUGGGAGCCACACCAAGAGAUUUCUUACAGAAUUUGGAUGCCCUACAUGACCAUUUGGGCACAUUGUAUCCUGGCAUGAGAGCACCUUCAUUUCGCUGCACAGAAAAGGAUGGCUCGCUGCUGUUGCACUACUAUUCAGAACGUCCAGGCUUAGAACACAUUGUAAUUGGUAUUGUUAAGGCGGUUGCCUCCAAAUUACAUGGCGUCGAUGUGGAAAUAGAAAUUGUGAAACGUAAAGGAGAUCCUAUGGAAGAGGAUGAAAAAGACGAGGUAUUUUUACAUCAAAUAAAUCAAAUACAGCAACAACAACAAACGAAUGCUUCCGUAACAUGUUCCAAUGAAGAAAAUAAUAAUCUGAACAACAACAUUAAUCUUAACAAUAACAACGAUGAAUCUGCGGAUAAUUAUACAAAUAACAGAAGACAAGAACCAUGUCCAUUUACACGCAAAAAAUCUCAUUCCGCCUCUUCAACAACUGCCACAACUGCGGAUAGUUUCGACACCGAAGAUAAAGAACAGAAAUGUUUACGUUUACUGAAAAAUAAAAGUGACGAUAUUGAACGUUAUGAUCAUGUCCAAUUUCUGAUACGUGAAAUAUCAUCGACUAACAAAGCAGACAAUGAAGCAAAAGAUGAAGCCGGCAAGGAGCCACCAGAUGAAAUAGAAAAUUUAUGUGGAGCCCCUUUGAUAUCACCGGCAACAUUUUGUAAAAUUUUCCCAUUUCAUCUUAUGUUCGAUCGUCAAAUGAAAAUUGUACAAGCUGGCAAAUCAGUAUCAAGAGUUAUACCACGAGUGGCCGAUGAAAAUUGCUCUUUAUUAGAAGUACUUGAAGCCAUACGUCCUCAUUUACAAUUGACAUUCGAAAAUGUUUUAGCCCAUAUCAAUACAAUCUACGUACUGCAGACACGUCAAGGUGCCAUGGGCAAACAUGAACGUUAUCUUAGACUAAAGGGUCAAAUGAUGUACAUACCAGAAUCGGAUCGUAUACUGUUUCAAUGUUAUCCAAGCGUUAUGAAUUUAGAUGAUUUGGCCAAGAAAGGCUUACACAUUUCCGACGUACCGCUACAUGAUGCUACCAGAGAUUUAGUACUGCUUUCUGAGAAAUUUGAAGCUGAAUAUAAAUUAACUAAAAAUCUUGAAAUGUUAACUGAUAAACUGCAACAAACAUUUAGAGAUUUAGAAAGUGAAAAACAGAAAACUGAUAGACUUUUAUAUUCAGUACUACCAAAAUCCGUUGCCAAUGAGUUGAGACAUCAAAGACCAGUUGCACCCAAAAGGUAUGAUUCCGUAACACUAAUGUUUUCUGGCAUCGUUGGUUUUGGUCAAUAUUGUGCUGAGAACACCGAUCCAGAGGGUGCCAUGAAAAUUGUUAAAAUGCUGAAUGAACUCUAUACAGUAUUUGAUGCUCUAACAGAUUCAAAACGCAAUCCAAAUAUUUACAAGGUGGAAACUGUUGGUGAUAAAUACAUGGCUGUUUCCGGUUUACCCGAUCACUGUGAAAAUCAUGCUAAAUGCAUUGCGCGCCUAGCACUCGAUAUGAUGGACAUGGCCAAAAAUGUUAAAAUGGGUCCAAAUCCUAUGCAAAUAACAAUUGGUAUACAUUCCGGUGAAGUUGUGACCGGUGUUAUAGGCAAUCGUGUACCCCGUUACUGUCUUUUCGGUAAUACAGUAAAUUUAACAAGUCGUACUGAAACUACAGGUGUACCAGGACGUAUAAAUGUCAGUGAAGAAACCUACAAAUUACUUUGCCAGGAGAUCAACCAGGAUGAUUCAUUUCAUCUCGAAUACCGUGGACCAGUCGUUAUGAAAGGCAAACCAACACCCAUGGAUUGUUGGUUUCUCACACGUAAUACAAAUGCUACGGGCAGUACUGGCGGUAGUACUAGUGGCACUAUUGACUCACCCUUGCCACCACAAACACCAACUAUUGCAGCAGCACCAUCAACAACACUAUCCCAACUACAAACCUCAACAUCACUACAGCCAUCAGCAUCGUCAUCAUCAUCAGCAGCAGCAGUAUCAUGUGUACAAUCUCAAAUACAAACACAACAGCCAACAACUCAUCCAACACCAACUGUGCGCACACAUGGUGUAGCGACGACAUCAUCUGCAUCACCAUCACGAAAAACAUCUAAUGCUAGCAUAGCAUCAGAAUCUUCCUCAACAAAUUCACAAUCCACUGCAGCCACUGUUGCUGAACAUGCAAAUGCUCAAGCAACAACAACGGAAACAUAGAAAAUGUGUAAAGAAUCGUCCUGUUGCUGCUGAAAUAUACUCUAAGGAUGCGUUCGUACAUUUUAUACCAUUACUAGAUGGUUGCAACGGACGUAUUAAAAUUGAAAAUAAUGGAUAUUUUCUUUAUAAAAAAACACAAUUUAGAACUUAAGUUCAAAAUUAUAAAAAAAUAUAUACAUAUAUUAAAUUUCAACAAAAAAAACUCAACUGCCUUUAAUCCCUUCGUUUUAAUACUUCCUGACACUCACAGACACAUCCACUUACAGAGAUACGCUUAAAUGUAUUAAAAAAUACUUAUGUAUGUACAAGGAUAUCCCACAUACAAGCAAUUGCUUGCAUAAGAGAUAAACAGAGUAUAAUAUAAAUAUAAAGAAGGUUCUUUUUAGUGAAAAAUGGGUAUAUAGGCGACUAUAAUAACCAAAAAAAUAAUGUUAUUGUUAUUAUUGAGAUUGUUAACAAUAUUUUGCAAUUUGCAUAAAACUUAAGUCUAUUCCAAAGAUAUUUGUAUAUGGAAAUCUUUUUAUUUAUGACUAAAAGUUGUUUACUAUUAUUUUAUUUAUUUCUUACAUUUUUUUUGUUAUUUAAAUUUUAUUACUAAUGGUUUCUCUAAUAGUCAUUUUAUAUAAAUUAAAAUUUUACUAAAAAAACACAAGCACAAUAUUAAAUUAGUUUAGAUUGAAAAAAGAAACAAAAUUUCCUAAACUUUUUACUGAUCAUUUGUAAAUAUUUAAACAAAAGACAACACAGAAUAAUUCCCUUUUAAAUAAUAUAAACAGUAAUAAUGAAAACAAAAACUUAAAACAUUUUGCAGUAGUAUUUCCAACAACAAAAUGAAAACAAAUUAUGUAAAGCAAAUAUUCUAACAAAAAGAAACUAUUAAAUAUUUUUAAAACCAAAGAAAAUAUAUGAUUUUUAACCAACACAACAAAUUUUUCUAAUCCCAAAAACAAAAGGUUUGUAGCAUAGUAAAUGUGAACCAAGAACAAAAACUAAAGGCACCAAGAUAAUUAUAUACAAAAAUAUAUAUGAAAAAAUAAAUCAAUGAAAAUAUUUAAACAUUUACUUAUAAAGAAAAAUGAUAAAUAAAAAUAAUUAAUUAAAUAAAAGGUAAAAGCACAUGAAAAAGAAGAAAUUGUCACGGUGGGAUAAAAUUUUUGAAAUUUGAAAUAUAAAUUUUAUUUGCAUAUUUUUAGGCCCUUAAGAACUCUCUGGGUUUUCCUUUUUUAUAAAAAAUAUAUUUUUUCUAACAAUUAGAAAAUCUCUUUGUUUAUUUCCAUCCCACUGUUCCAAUCACUUAACCAUAAAAUCCAUAAAAAUCCCAAAUAAAUAUUUAAUACCACAAUUAAAUCUAUUUAGUAUUGUACCAAAUCAUGUAUGUAACACAAUAUAGACCAAUUGAACAAUCUCUUAACUAAAUACGAGUAUAAAAUUUAAUAUUUAUUAACUACCUAACAACUACAACAAGAACAAAAAGUAAUUUAAAAAUCUUAUAUAAAUAAAUCUUUGCUGAAUUUCUAAACAAACAAACAAAAACUAAAGUAUCAG